GCCCGGCGCGAAAAGGGCGUGUCCAGGCGCGAGCUAGUCAGUCAGCCAGGGUCGCGCCUGCGCGCGAGGCUCCCGUUACCCGGAGACGGUGCCGGACGGAGCCCGCGCUGCGAAAAUAGCGGAACCGGGCCCCCAAGAAGGGAGCGGCGAGGGUGGGCCGGAGCACCAAGCGAUGCACCGGAGGAAGGGUACCUGCUCUGGGAAUGAGGCAGCCCGGGAAUGAGACUUGGUUAUGAAAAAACCAAAACCGUUUCUGACAUUUCAUCCAGCAGUAAGAUGAAAAGCGGAGCGGGGAACGCCGAGGGUCUUAGAAGCUAGAACGUGUGCGUUUGAAACCUUCGUUUUUGGAGGAAUGCAGGAAGCAGUUCGGAUGGGACAGAAGAUUCUGAUUUCUCUACAGACAUGGAACACACAGACAGCUCAGAGAGUGACGGUAACUCCCGCGGUCCGGCGCGCAUCACCCGCUCCACGGCCAGACUCAGCCAGAGCUCGCAGGAUUCCAGCCCGGUCGGCAAUCUGCAAUCGUUUGGUGCAGAGGAGCCGGCCUACUCCACUCGGAGGGUGACCCGCAGCCAGCAGCAGCCCACCCCCGUGACUCCGAAAAAAUACCCACUCCGACAGACCCGCUCAUCGGGAUCGGAAACGGAGCAAGCCGUGGACUUUUGUGACAGAGACGGUAAAAACGCAGAUCACGACGAGUCGCCUCCUCGAACCCCGACCGGGAACGCUCCGUCGUCCGAAUCCGACAUAGACAUUUCCAGCCCCAAUGCGUCUCACGACGAGAGUCUAGCCAAGGACAUGUCUCUAAAAGACUCCGGGAGCGACCUCUCCCACCGACCCAAACGCAGACGAUUCCACGAGAGCUACAAUUUUAACAUGAAGUGUCCCACGCCUGGCUGCAACUCGCUAGGUCACCUUACAGGGAAGCACGAGAGGCACUUCUCAAUUUCAGGCUGCCCCCUUUACCACAACCUCUCGGCAGACGAGUGCAAGGUAACUCAGAACCUCCCUGUAAGGGCACAGAGCCGUGACAAACAGGUAGAAGACAGGAUGCUUUCGCACCGGCAGGACGAGAACAACAGGCAUGCCACGAGACACCAGGCUCCCACAGAACGACAGCUGAGAUACAAAGAGAAAGUGACAGAGCUGCGAAAAAAGAGGAACUCUGGUUUGGCAAAAGAACAGAAAGAGAAGUAUAUGGACCAAGACACACAGGCCCAGGGCCCCAGAAAAAGCUUACGAAAAAAGGCCAUAGAAGAGCACAGACAGACUUACGGAAACACACGGGAACCGCUUCUCGAGAACCUCACGAGCGAGUAUGACCUGGAGCUCUUCCGGAGGGCGCAGGCACGAGCCUCCGAAGACCUGGAGAAGCUUCGUCUCCAGGGUCAAAUCACGGAAGGAAGCAACAUGAUUAAAACGAUCAUUUUUGGCCGCUAUGAGCUGGACACUUGGUAUCACUCGCCUUAUCCGGAAGAGUAUGCCCGCCUGGGUCGCCUCUACAUGUGUGAAUUCUGCCUCAAGUACAUGAAGAGUCAAACGAUCCUGCGCAGGCACAUGGCCAAAUGCGUAUGGAAGCAUCCUCCGGGCGAUGAGAUUUAUCGCAAAGGAUCUAUUUCCGUGUUUGAAGUGGAUGGAAAGAAAAACAAGAUUUACUGCCAAAACCUGUGCCUUCUAGCAAAGCUUUUCCUGGAUCACAAAACGCUCUACUACGACGUGGAACCUUUUCUCUUCUACGUCAUGACCGAGGCGGACAACACCGGCUGCCACCUCAUUGGCUACUUUUCCAAGGAGAAAAACUCCUUCCUGAACUACAAUGUAUCGUGUAUCCUGACAAUGCCGCAGUACAUGAGGCAGGGUUUUGGAAAGAUGCUCAUAGAUUUCAGCUACUUACUCUCAAAGGUGGAGGAGAAGGUUGGUUCUCCAGAGCGUCCCCUCUCUGAUCUUGGGCUCAUCAGCUACCGCAGUUACUGGAAGGAGGUCCUCCUGCGCUAUCUUCAUACCUUCCAGGGCAAGGAGAUCUCCAUCAAAGAAAUAAGCCAAGAGACGGCGGUGAACCCGGUGGACAUUGUUAGCACGCUCCAGGCCUUGCAAAUGCUGAAAUACUGGAAGGGAAAGCAUCUGGUACUAAAGAGACAGGAUCUGAUCGAUGAAUGGGCAGCUAAGGAAGCAAAGAGAGCCAACAGCAAUAAGAUUAUGGACCCAAGCUGCCUAAAAUGGACACCCCCCAAAGGAACUUAAGCCCGGUUUCUCUCCGCGGGCUCCCGUCUUCUCCGUAUACUUCCUGGCUGGGCCUGGACCGUCCGGCGCCCGCCGCGUAGCAAGUGUUUGCACGGCCCGUGUGACGAUGAUCGCCUUCUCUCUCUCGGGAUGUUGCACCCGCGCUUUCUCCUGGUGCACCGCACCACGCCGGACCCCCGCGUCUGCUUCUUCUUCUUCUACGGCCCCGAUUCUUCCCGGUAGCUGCGUGACGUGCUGUAGUUCUAGCGAUAUGCAAAGUUACACGAAGGCUUCCUAACCUACAUCGCUCGCUGUGCUAACGGAUGCCGUUUGCUGUUAUCAUGGGGGGGGGGGCUGUAUUGCUUCAUGUCUGUGCGUGGGGGGGGUUCGAAGUGUCUUAAACAUUUGACACCGGGGACUUAACUCUUUCAGUGGCUGCAGGAGAAACGGAAAUAAGAAUGUACAGUUUUUUUUUGUUUUUUUUCCCCCCCCUCCUGUAUCGAGAACAUCUUAGUUUUAAUUCAUCGGAAAUAAAAAGUAGGGGUGCCGUUGCUGGAUGGAGACGGGUGUCGAUGCUUUCUCACAUACAUCUGUCUGUCUGUCUCUAUAUGUCGAGAUA